UAAAUAUUAGUCAUCACCUUCUUCUAAAACAAGACGAAAUCAUGUCAUCGAUUAUCCUUUUUUCCCUAUUGUUUUUCAUUUGUUGUUGUCCUUGCUUUUCACUACCAAAAGGGCCCUCCGAUCCUAAUUCCCUCUACAAAUCCUUUCUCGAAUGCCUUCCAACAUCAUCCCCUCAACCUGACAAAACAUUCUCUUCAGUCGUUUACAGCUCCGCCGCUAACUCCUCCGCCUAUACCAAAGUUCUAACAGAACACAUCAAAAACUUCCGUUACAAUACCACCUCCACACCCAAGCCUGCCAUCAUUAUCACUCCAAAAAAAGAAAAUCACGUGCAAGCUGCCGUCAUCUGCGCCAAAAAACUCAAUAUCCAGAUUAGGAUUCGCAGCGGAGGACAUGAUUACGAAGGAGUCUCCUACACCUCGUCUGAAAAAACUCAGUUCAUGGUAAUUGACAUGCUUAACCUCCGUGCAAUUGAUAUUAAUGUCGGCACCGAAACUGCGGUGGUCCAAGCCGGAGCUCAUUUGGGUGAAUUGUAUUAUCGGAUUUGGGAAAAGAGUAAGGUGCAUGGGUUCCCGGCCGGAGCAUGUCCGACACUCGGUAUUGGUGGACACAUAAGCGGCGCUGGUUAUGGCACUAUGAUUCGAAAAUACGGGUUGACUGUUGAUCAUGUGAUUGAUGCCAAGAUCGUCGAUGUUAAAGGCCGGGUUUUGGACAGGAAAGCCAUGGGUGAGGAUCUUUUUUGGGCCAUACGCGGCGGCGGUGGCUCCAGUUUUGGUGUCGUAUUAUCCUUCACUGUGAAACUAGUUCCGGUGCCGAAGGUUACUACUGUUUUCAAGGUAACGAAAAAGGUGGAAGAAAAGGCAGUAGACAUCGUUUUUAAAUGGCAGUCGGUUAUGUCUACAAUCGACAAAGAUUUGUUUAUUAGAGUUUUACUACAGCCGACGACGGAGAAAAACAAGAAAACUGCCCAGGCUACAUUUAUGGCCCUUUUCUUGGGUGAUUCCACCAGGUUGAUGGGUUUAAUGAGUAAAAGCUUCCCGGAACUAGGAUUGAAGAAAGAAGAUUGCUUUGAAGUAAGUUGGAUUCAAUCCACUCUUUUUUGGUCAAACUUCGAUUACAACAAGACAAAGCUAGAUAUCCUCAUCGAUCGGCAUACUGAUGUUGUUAAGUUUUUGAAACGAAAGUCUGAUUACGUACAAACCGCUAUACCAACGCAAGCAUUAACGUCCAUAUUCAACAAGUUGGGUGAACUUGGUAAAAUUGGUAUGGUUUUCAACCCUUACGGCGGGAGAAUGAAUGAUAUUCCGGCAGACGCAACUCCAUUUCCUCACCGUGCCGGAAACCUGUUCAAGGUGCAGUAUUCAUUGAGUUGGCAGGAGAGUGAUGCGAAAGUAACUGAAAACAACAUGAAUCAGAGCAGGGUUAUGUAUGAAUUCAUGACUAACUAUGUAGCGAAGAAUCCAAGAAGCGCAUUCUUGAAUUACAGAGAUUUAGAUAUUGGUGUGAAUAAAGGUGAUGGGUUUAACUCCGGCAAGGUUUACGGGGAGAAAUAUUUUAAGAAGAAUUUUGAUAGAUUGGUGAAGGUGAAGACGGCUGUAGAUCCAGAAAAUUUCUUCAGGAAUGAACAAAGUAUCCCUGUUCUGCCUGGAAAGCAUGGAAAACACAACUAUGUAUCCACGAUUGACGAUUAUAUAUAUAACGGGAAUGAACAAAGUAUCCCUUCUCCUCCGGGAAAGCACACUGAUGUGUCCAUGACUAACGAUUAUAUAUAUAGCAAGAAUAAACAGAGUAUCCCUACUUUGCCAGAAAAGCACACCGAUGUGUCCAAGACUGACGACUCUAUAUACAACGGAAAUGAACGGAGUAUCGCUACUUUGCCUGGAGAGCACACCGAUGUGUCCAUGACUAACGAUUAUAUAUACAACAGGAAUGAACAUAGUAUCCCUACUCUGCCUAGAAAGCAUGCGGAUGUGUCCAUGACUGAUGAUUAUAUAUACAAUAGGAAUGAACAUACUAUUCCUACUCUGCCUGGAAAGUACGCUCAUGUGUCUAUGACUGACGAUUAUAUAUACAAUAGAAAUGAACAGAGUAUACCUACUCUGACUAGAAAGCACAACGGUGUGUCAAAAUCUGACGAUUAUAUAUACAACAGGAAUGAGCAAAGUAUCCCUACUCUGCCUAGAAAGCACACUGAUGUAUCCAUGGCUGACGAUUAUAUAUACAACAGGAAUGAACAAAGUAUCCAUAAUAAGCCUUGAAAGCACACCGAUGUGGCCAUGAAUGAUGAUUAUAUCUCUAACAGAAAUGAACAUAGUAUCCCUACAAUGCCUUGAAAGCACACCGAUGUGGCCAUGAAUGACGAUUAUAUCUAUAACAUAAAUGAACAUAGUAUCCCUACUAUGCCUAGAAAGCACAAAGAUGUGUUCAGGUUUGAUGAUUAUAUAUACAACAUGAAUGAACAAAGUUUCCCUGCUUUGCUUGGAAAGCACAUCGAUGUGUCCAAGAUUGACGAUUAUAUAUACACCUGAUGGAGAAUUAUAGAUCUAAGAUGUAGGAACUUGUGUGUAUGUAUAUAUAGAUGUCUAGCUGUGUAUAUACAGUUGUCUUGAAAUGGAAUAGCUAGAAGUCUAUAAGGUUCAACGAAUAAA